AUGAAGCUUAAGAUCACUUAUAUUCUCCCUUUGCUUUUACUUCUUCUCAUAUCCUAUUAUGUAAGUGCUGCUGAAACAUCCCAAGAUGAAAAAAAGGAAGAAAGUGUUGUAGUGGAUGGUGAUGGAGAUGGUUAUGGCUACGGCUGGGGAGGACGUGGUGGUGGUUGUGGUGGUUAUGGCAACGGCUGGGGAGGACGUGGAGGACGUGGACGUGGCGGUGGUUGGGGACGUGGUUUUCGAUAUGGAUGUUGUGAUCAUGGUAGAUAUGGACGUGGAUGCUAUGAGUGUUGUUACUCAGCUGCCGAAGCAAAAGCCUAUCAUGAAAAUGAAGUCCAACCUUAA